AUGUCUUUGAGGACACGUCUUUCAAUUGCGCUAAUUUUUAUAACAUGUUUUUUAUUUUCCCCGUGUCUUUCUUUCUUUCUUUCUUUCUUUCUUUCUUUCUUUGUGUUAUUUUCAAUUAUUUUCAAUUAUUUUCUCCAUUUCUUUCUUUUUUCUUUCUUUGGGAUAUUCGCAAUUAUUUUCCCCUAUUUCUCUCUCUCUCUCUCUCUCUCUCUCUCACUAUUUCUUUCUUUCUUUCUUUCUUUCUUUCUUUCUUUCUUUCUUUCUUUCUUUGUGUUAUUUUCAAUUAUUUUCUCCAUGUCUUUCUUUCUUUCUUUCUUUCUUUUUUUCUUUUUUUAUUUAUUCAUAAUUAUUUUCCCCAUUUCUCUCUCUCUCUCUCUCUCUCUCUCUCUCACUUUUCUUUCUUUCUUUCUUUCUUUGUGUUAUUUUCAAUUAUUUUCUCCAUUUCUUUCUUUUUUUCUUUCUUUGGGAUAUUCGCAAUUAUUUUCCACAUUUCUCUCUUUCUUUCUUUCUUUCUUUCUUUCUUUCUUUCUUUCUUUCUUUUUUCUUUCUUUCUUUCUUCACUUGUGUUAUUUUCAAUUAUUUUCUCCAUGUCUUUCUUUUUUUCUUUCUUUCUCAGUUAUUUUCCCCAUUUCUUUCUUUCUUUCUUUCUUUUUUCUUUUCUUUUUUUUCUUUUUUUCUUUCUUUCUUUCUUUAUUUUCUUUCUAUUUCCCAUUUCUUUCUUUUUUUUUCUUUCUUUGGGAUAUUUUUCAAUUAUUUUCUUUUCCCCAUUUCUCUCUUUCUUUCUUUCUUUUUUUCUUUCUUUCUUUUCUUUUUUUUCUUUUUCUCUUUUUUUUCAAUUAUUUUCCCCAUGUCUUUCUUUCUUUCUUUAGAAAACCUGUUCCUAUCUUUGUUUCUUUGUUUUUUUCUUUUUUUUCUUCUUCUUUCUUCGAGAGCUUUCUUUUCUUUUAUUCAAAUAUUCUUUUGCAACAACUCUUCUUUCUUUCCUCUUUUUCUUGCUCGGCCCAAAAGUCUUGUUUUAUAAUCAGCUGA